AUGCUUGAACAUCCUGCCGCUCCGCACAAGAACAACCAGCCGACGCAGGCCACGAAGACGGCCGACGUGAGCAAGAAGGAGACGAAACCGGCUGACGCGACCAAGAAGGAGGAGCCUGGCUCAACCGGAAUGCCCCCAGAGCUGCUGGACUUGAGGCCCCUCGAGGAGCAGGUGAAGAUCGACCACAAGGAGUUCCCCAACUCUUGGUUCAAAAACGUGCCGGAGAAGUUCUUCUUGAGCCGGAGGUACUGUGCUUCCACGAACAAGUACGGCGUGAAGUCGGGCCAGGAUCAGGCAGCCUGGGAAAUGGCUGGCUGGAUGCGAGAACAAGAUCCACGCGGCUGGUUUCAGUGGUACUGCCGCUUCUACCAGGGCCGCCGUAGCCCCGAUGAUGCUCGGCAAAUCCAGCGUUGGAAAGCCUGCGCAGGCUUCCUCGGACGCUGGCGCAACCAGCUCUGCUCGCGCAUCAAUGGCUCCGGCAGGACCUUCGACGAUGCAGCGGUUGCACCCGUGAUAAGGCAGACGCUGCUUCACUGGGCUUAUGAGCUUACAGAGUACGAUUGGGAGCUCUGGUUCACCCGCGGGUAA